ACCUAUAUGAUAUCUCGCUAAAAUUUUAUCGAAUUCAGUAUCUAUAUCCAAUUUGUUUGUUCUUCAUCUUCUCCUUGGAGAUCUUAGCUCUCCAAAACUUGUUUAAGCCUAGACCACUGAAUAAGGUCAGCGAUAAAAGAUUUAAACAACAUUAAAUGAUAUCAAGGAACACUGCAAAAUGACAUGAAGCAAUCAAAUAAAAUGGAUACAGUUUCAUUUUGAUUUCGAUAUUUUGAUGAUUUAUGUUGGAUUUAUUCAUUUACACCACACACACUUUUUUGAUAAGAAUGACUUAUUUUUUUCUGAGCCUCAAUAUUCUUAAUUCUUUUUUAUUUUGAGUGUAAGAUUAUUCUUAAAUUAUUCUUAAGCAACACAAGGUGUAACAGUGUCGCAUUAUUCUUAAAUUAUUCUAAAAAUAUCAGCUAUUUUGAACCUCAAUAUUCUUACUGACUCUAUUCUACACAAAAAGUGUGUAUUUGGCUGCUUCUCGUUGCUUUUUGGUGUUUCUACCUGUCAAGUAUAAAGCACACUCAUCAUGUUUCCAAUACGUGUAUUUAUUGUUGUUUAUUCUCGGCGUAUUGCGGUGUUUCCUAUUUGCUACAUGUUUGCAAUAUUCUGGUGUUUUUCAUAUCCUUAAUUACCAUCAAAAGCUUAAUCAAGGAAAGUCUUCUUGGAGGAUCAAUCAAAUAUCAAUAAGAGAGAAUGAUUUGGGAAAUAUUUUCAGAGCCGUCGAAAGGUCGUACUGAUUGAGGGGGCAAAACCUCGGCAAAACCAAGAAAGGGCACUUGCAGCAAUUCUUUAUCAUUUUCGAACUGCAAAAUAAAUGAAAUUCAAACCUUGAAAGGGUAUAUGUAUUAACAGGUCUAUGUGCUGCUAUGGAAAUCUUAUAAUAAAGUUGCUUUUUUGAAUACUUUUGCUGCUAGAAAUACCAAACCUUUCCCUGAAGAAUUUAUUUGCAACGUCUUGAAGACUAAACUAAUCUAAUUCAUCCUUGUUUUCAUUUAAGAUCAUGGUUUCAUUUUUUUUGGGCCAUCGUUGCACAAAGAUAUGUUUGGCUCUUCUCAAAAUAGAACAGAAACAUUUACGGAUAGCAUCUGUUCUGUAGCAGGUACAAACAGCAACUUGAACAAAGCUACAAUUUCUGGAAAAGUUCUCUUUGUUGGGGCAAUAACAAACGAAGGUGUUUUGUGAUCGCUAUUACGCCUUCAAAGAAGAUGACUGGAAUCCAAAGUGAAAGUUACGUUUUCAUAUAAUUUCGCGGAAGUACUCAUCCAUCGUGGAAGAAAGUUAAAAUGAGCGAAAUAUGCGAUCAAACGCCUCACCCUUUGCUUGAGAUAACAAGAAUUUCUAACUUCUGCAUAAAACUGCAAAUAGCUAUUUGGUUGAAAAUACAAUUUGUAACAGUAGUGUAGUUCUAUCAUAAUAACAAAGGGGCUCUUGCAGAUGCGAAAAACAAUAGUAAAAGUAAAAAUUUGCCAAUUUGUUGCCAAUUAACAAUUGUGUGUGUGUGUGGGGGGGGGGGGGGGCUCAGCCCCUUUGAGCCCUUUAGCACUACACCCAUGGUUUGUAAUUGUGCCAAUUGAUUAAAAACAGCUCUGUAAAUAGGCGCCCUCCUCGUUAUCAUGAAAUUUUGUUCCUGCCUCUCCUUUAGAAAAUCUUGCUGGACGCUGUCUGUUCACUUAUCAAACCAGGACCCCUAUACCUUUACGUUAUGGGUCUGGAACACUGGCAGCAAUGUCCAUACUUUUUGCCGCUUGCCUUGAAUUUUCUCAAAACAGAGAAAAGGAUCACCAGUGCACAGUUUUCCUAAUGCUCUCAUCACUAAAUUUGCGAUACGCUGACAUUUCUAAGUUCAGCAAUCCCAUAGCUUUUGUUGAAGUUUUCAAUGGUCAAUCACGCUUUUUAUAGUCGGCCCAUAUAAUGGAAGCGGCGUGAAAGAAAAGCCUAGUCGAGGAGUUGGCCACGAUGUCCUGAACCUGAAAAUUCAGGGACUGUUCUUUUCUUUUAACUCAUUGGAAUAAGCAUCUCUGUUUUGUGAAUAUUCAAAAGAAAGGAAUUUUCUAACGUUUUGCUUAGUAAAUCCUGCAAAUUUUUAACUUCUUUUAUCAUAUCACCGACAGCAAGUUGCAAGGCAUAUGAAGGUAGCAAUGUGCGAAGAUUGCUACCAUUUUGCCUUGAAAAAGGCUUUUAUUUUAGGUGACAAACAAGUUCACUACCAAUUUAUUUGUUAUUAAAGUUCACUACCAAUAACCGAUGAAUCAAAAUCUAAUUUUGAUUGCAAAAGAACGCUGUGGAAUAUUGCGCACUUUUGAUUAGCAACAUUUUGCUCUUGUACUGCCUAAAAGCAUUGAACCUUCAAAGAAAUUUUCGUAACUAAAUUUCCUAAUUCAGUUACAAUAACAACUAAAAAAAUUUUGCGGAAAAAGGGCAUAUUGAUACUUCUAAAAAUUGUUGGUGGAGGGAGGGAGCAGAUGCACUGAUUUUAGGCUCAAGUUUAAAAUUUUUUAGGAAUAUUUAGGCUUGAACAAAAUUAAGGUAUUCUUAAAAAACUGUACGUACCAACAAUUUUCUUCCCUGUGUCGUUGUUUCAUGAUUUAAAGAAUAUGAGUGGCCGGUAUGCUUACUUCAUGCUUUCUCAAUGCAAACAUAAAGAAACGGGGUCCUGUCUAAACGAAUACAUCUGCAUAAAAAUCUGUUUUCAUGUCAAGGAAAGCGAAUGAAAUGUUUUUCGUCAACACAAUCAUUUUGACAAGACCCACCCCUCUUCAUAGAAACGUUGAUAACGAACAAAUUUUCGCAGACUCAUAAUAAUUUUAAUCUAUGAGCAUAGUAUAGUGUUGUUGUGGUUGGAACGUUGUAAAAUAAUGCGUUUACAGCCGUUUACACGGAAACCUAUGUUUUUCAAAAUUGCGUUUCCGGUCCUAUACGAUAAGCGAAGCUUGAGUCAUCUCGAGGCAACACCAAUAAAAGUUUCCGCCCAAGUUUUUUAUUAAAGCAUGGUUCUACGUUGAUCAUUAUUUUUGUAAAGAAAUAGCUACUGCAACAAUUACCAAUAGAAUAUAUCUUAUCUUGUGUUGCAUUAAAUAAGUCAGCAUUGCUUUUGUUCGGACAAAUCUUUAGCUGGCUUUCCUUUGUUCUUCGCUCAGUUUCCGAUCUUCUGAUUAUAACACUGCUAGCAAAAAGCAGAAAAAAUAGCGAGUUGCGAUUGCUUUCCGCCGUCCCUUGCACAAUAGAAGCUACUUUUCCCUUUCAUUGCAUAGUUGGUCUUUCCAUGCAAGUAUCAAUUUACUUUAACAGUUCAUCUAUGGUAAAACAGAUGUUUGGCUUGCGAAACAAAUAUGCUUUUGUAAUAUGGGCGGGCAAUCACCUGCACAUCUACGCAGGGGCGAAAGUACCGGGGGUUGGGGGGUGUGACACCCCCCAAUCUAAAAAAUAGUCGAUUUCGCAGGGCGCCAAGAAGAGCUUUAUUGCCACGCAAAAAUGCUACCUCUGAAGUUCGUAAAGGGCCGUUUAGGAAUUUUGAAGUGGAAAUAUCUUAUUUGUUAUGAACCUCCCUUUAGAUUUUAGAGAACGGAACAGGUAUGUCAGAAAGAGCUCCGUUAUUAGCAAAGCGAAUUUCUUACCGAAAGUCAUAGCCAAUGGAUGCAAUGAUUGAUGCAUAUGUUUAUGAGGGCAAGGUCGAAUCCACACAAAUUAUUUUUAGUUGUAAAUUAUUUUCAUGACAGGCAUGGCGCCAUUGGGGGGAAUAGGGGGCUGAAAGCCCCCCACUUUGGUCAAGAUAAGAAUUUUUUUAUCAUUUUUUCUGUUACUUUUUAACAGUGUAUAAAAUAAAAAGAGAAUAAACUGUUAAGAUGUCGAUUUUUUUAUCUAAUUAUUAACUUAUUCACGUAUAUUUCUAUUAUUUUUCUUUUACCAUCUUCCUCAUUCACAACUAUAUCUCCCUACUUUAUCAUCUCCCUAAUUUUUCCCAAUAAACAAUAAUUAGUUUUUUAGCAGCAUCGUAUUUUGCUUAAUUUUAGUCUGGGAGAUGCUUUUUAGUCCUUUUACAAGGUAUAAUUAAUUACUAAGGAAAAUCAAAUUUGACAUUUAAUUUAUGCUCACGUAGAGAAGUAGAUCUUUCAUAGAUAAUGAAGUUUCAAGUUUGCUUUUAAUGCUUAGAAGUUUGUCCUUGGUAAAGACAAUUGUACACUGGUAAAGCUUUCACUAGUAACCUAUAAACAAACCUUUGCUACAAGGUCUGCAGGGCACCACUCAAUUUUGCAGGGCAGAAACCCUUUUCAUCCCCCGAACCUAUUGGCCAAGUUAUGCCCCUGUAUCUAGUAAGUCAAAAAACAAACCCACUCUUUGAAAUAUGAGCAAGACUCUGCAAGAAUGCAGGUAGCGAAUGCUGUAACAGUAACAGGUAGCUUUGAAAAACUUUGCAAAAUUACGGUGCAGGUGUUGUGUUAACUAAAUGAUUUGCGAAAGGCUGAUAAAAAAUUAUGUUUGCUCUUUGCGCUUUGCUUUGCCAGCCUUUUUUCGAAAAAUAAAUUUCUCUACAUGAUGUUGGUACAUACAUAUUGCAAUCACUGAUAAGAGAGCAAAGAAGGGAUCAGGGCCUUCGCGAGGCAGGCACUAUGGUUGGUUGCCGCCGAAGGACAAAAAAUUUGUCGAAUUUAGAUGCUUUCAAUCCCCUGGAAAAAGCACUUCUUUAAGCAAAUUUUACUAAGGCACUCCUCCUAAUCUUAUUAAAAUUCUUUUAUUUUUGCAAACGGACUGAGCAGCAGAUAAAAAAACCGGUACAAUUUCGCCGUGGUCUUGAAAAUACCCAUGUUGUUACUUCUAAAGCCAGGUAAGCAGGUCAAUUUUUUCCAUCUUGGCAUUCCUUUUGAAUUUAAAAAGAUCUGGAGCUCAUUGUGAAUAAUAGUUGACGCUUCUACUGAGAAACGUUAGGGAAAAUGGAUACAAGGCACAAUUUUACCUAAGGAGGGCCUGGUUUUUUGGAUUUUCGUGUCAACAAGAAAUCUUGAUAUUGUUAACGCUUAGUUUGUUUACCUUAAUUCAUAUCAAGGAAAUAUCAUAUAUAACCAACGGAGCAACUAGCUUUGCUUGAUCCUUUAUUGAUUUGAAAACGUGUAGGUCUCUGAUCUACCUCCCAUCCCCUCCCCACACUCUCCGGUCUCGACGCCCUGGAUGGGAUUAGAACCCGCAUCGUUUUUAAAGGAUAAUUGACAUUCGGUUUUGACCGUAAAGUUGAACAUGUCCAACUUGAAAAAGGACUGACAGCUAAAAAAACGUCAGUUUGCUGCCGUACACAAUCAUUUUUUCUGCCAUCAGUGAAACUGACAGUUUAAAAUAUUCGUGUAUUCCAGCCGAAAUUUGACAAAAUCACAAAUUUAAAACAAUAAAUGCCUAUCCUUCAAAUUAAAACUUUAACUGUUUAACUGAAGGAAAAGGGAUAGGAUAAGGGUUAAGGUUUAGCCUGCGUCACAGACCAAAACUUCCGUGAAGUUCACUAGGUAGGCCUGGCUUCGUUCCUUUAAGCUGCUAAAGUCAUGCAUAAAGCUUCCAAAAUUAUCAUCUACGACACAAUUUAAACUUUUUUCAGAGUAUCCUUUCCCCUUCUCAGCUUUAUUUCACUGCAUUCUAAAAAAUGGCGCAACAGGUGUGAAAUGAGGCUGCUAAUCGUCUUCACGAUCACCAUUAUCAACUUCAUGAUCCCAAGUAUCACCUUGAUAUCAAAUGCGGCAUUCUGCAGCACCUCAAGCUUCCAAAUAACCAUACGCUGAGCCCUCCCCAAAAAUUUUUCAUGCACAAAAAAUACCCAUACAUCUCAUCGAUGCCGCAAGGAGAACAAUAAAAAUGACGUAAGGUCUCAAAAUCAAUUGUUUAAAACUGCGCGGGCAUCUAAAAUUAAUAUGCGAAAUGCCGCUAGAUCUUAUUUAUUUCAAAUCAUCUGAGGCAGGGAAGAUGAUCACAUAAUCGCAGGCAUAGAAUCACUUAUUCGCUCAAUAUGAGGCAAAACAAAGAUGCGAAGUAGGGUCCCAUGCAGGAAAAGAACAAACAAUUUCAUGAAUGACUGCACUUAUUAAGGUAUUUGGGGGUAAAGCGUCAGCCAUUACAAUGAAACCCAAGGAUGAUUUUGGCGAAUUUUAUAUGUUUCAACCGUUGUCAACUGCAGCUGACUGCUUUGCGUAAGGCAGUUGCGGCACCCUAGACCCGCACCUGGAAAAUGGUAAAAGCAUAAAUUAUUGGAUAGAUUAAAAGCCUUUCUACCUUUACUGAGAAUAUAAAGAAUAAUUAGCAUUAGAUAUACUGAAAGAAGAUAUAAAAUCACCACAAUGGUCAUCUAUUUGUAAUGCUUAAUCAAGGAAAGAUUGCUAGUGUCUACGAUAUUAAAUAAAUUCAUUUAAACCAGUUUGAUUGCCUUCAAGAUGACAGUUUCAAUUUUCGAAAGUUUUUCGCUUUUGCUGCAGGUAGCAAACGCAUGAAAAAUAUCGUAAUUAUCAUGUUUUGAUAGAAAACGACGAUACUUUGAUGCUUAAAUGAUGGAAGGAGAUGAUGCUUAAUGAUAAAGCAGGUAGCUUUGGCUCAUUACCGCCUUUAAAACCUGUUGUUGAGAUUUAUAGGAAAUCUAUAUAAGCAGGAAGAAGCAUAAAAUGCUAUUAAAACCAAGGUAUAUUAAUUUAAUGUGAUGGUGAAUAUCAAUUUCCAAGAGGCCUUGAAUGAUCAAUAAAAUGCAGUGAAGAAUAAAGAAUGAAGAGGGAAGUGAAGCGAGCCAAACAAGAAACAGAUCUGCUAAUCUGGUAGCUUGGCGCUUAAUGUUGCUAGAAAGAAUCAAAAAAUAUACUUGAAGGCAAGUGCAACAAAAGUUAACGUUUUUUAAAUGGUUUCUAUUUGAUCUUCGCAGUAUUAACUAAAUAUAUGCAUGUUGCGAUUGGAUAAAUAAAAAGGCCAACCAUAGCCCCGAUCAUCUUGCCGUCUAGCAGAUUUCGAAUCUAUCCACAUAAGCACGAAAAAACCGCUAUUGUGCAGACAAAAUGAGUUCAUUUUUACGUUAGAACUCCAUUGGUAACAUCUUUACUAGGCAAGCGGCACUGAUCGAGCAACCUCAACAGUCAUGUGCUCGCGUUUCUAUAUGGCCUAUUUCGAUCCACAAUUGGGUAUAUAUAUUUCCUAGCGUAGAGUUUUCGGUCUUUGUUCUGACGUUCAAUACUCUGAAGAGCGUCAGACGAAAAGCUUUAGUAUACUCUAAUGUUUGCUUUUUCAAAGCGAGUUUUGAUGUUUGAUCCGUUUGGCCAGGGCUUUACGUAUUCCAUUCGAAUGCUGCAUUUCUAUUGUUGAACGGAUGUGAAUUGGUGACGUACACGGAAAAAGUAUUGCGAAAUUUCGCUGCGAAAUACUUCACGCGAACAAAUUCCUUUGAAUGCUUUUGUUGAACUCACAACAUUGGAAUGUAAAGUUUGGGAGGAUAGGAAUACGGAAUAUGAUUGGCUGCUGAAGGAUUUCGCAAGCGAAAAAAGUUAAACAUGGCGGGGAAAUUUUUCGCGAGAAAUCCCAGCAAAGGAUCACUGCACAUGCCCAAGACGUAUUUCGCGCGAACUUUUUCGCAUUUCGCUGAUUUUUUUCUCACUGGAGAUUGGGCUUUAUACUUUAAUAGUCAAACUAUUGAUCAACAGCAAGACAGCGGGACGUUCCUUGUGUAGUUGAUGCCACAUACAACCUGAUGUGAUUUGAUAAUCAACAUCUUUGGUUGCAAGAAGGAUCAUAUCUUUUUUUGACAAGCUUGUAGCACGUGAUCAUUGUCUGACGCAUAGAGCCCUUAGAUUAAUAUUCCUCCAAAACUUUGCUGGCUUUACAUUGAUAACUACAAAGCCAUAUUUAAAAAUUGAUUAAUUUGCCAACUACUUUUCUGGACAUAAAAAUUUGAUUAAGUAGUAAAAGCUUUCAUGUGGAGAAUCAUAAAUGCCACAAAAAUAUUUUUGAGCUAAAUUUACUUCAUCCCGACUGAAUCCAACAGGCAUAAAGUAAAAGCAACGUCUAGUUCUCUUAAUCCUACUAGACUGUUUUUGACUGUUUUAGACAAGUUGCUAUUAUAAACUAACAAUGCAACGACGGCCUUGCACAACACGAAGGACAAUGGAAUUAUUAUAGUUUUCAAGAAUUAUACUGGUAAAGUGCAAGGAAUUGGUCCUGCUGUCCUUGGCUGACCUCAAUACGAAUUGUGAUUAUUCAUUCCACGUGGCCCUUGAUAUCGGAGAAAUUUGAAAAGCAAAACAACUUUAAACCGUUCCCCCUGACUCAUUAUCAUGUACGAUAUUCUAUUUAGACAUGAUCUUAGAGCUCGAGUUGAUUCUUUCUGGGCUGCAAGCUGCCGAAGAGCUUUACUCAAAUUCAAGUUGGUAUCUUUAUGUUAGCAUCAAUGCUCUGAAGCUCAAAGAGAAAAAUGGGAGACAGUGGUCUGUUAGAUCUGUACAAUCUAACACUGGGUUUCGCAUCGGGGAACAUAACGAUCAAUAACACAUGCAUUGAAGAGCAUGCUAUAACGAAUGCUACAAAUGCAUCAUUGGAUUCGCUUGUCUUUGGUCCUACUUCAUACACUGCAAAUGAUACAGCUGGUGGUCAUUAUGAUGGAGCUUUGAAAGAUAGAAUAAAAUCGUGGCGAAUCAUUUUCUACAGCUUAAUCAUAAUUGUUGCAUUUCUCGGGAAUGGUCUCCUUGUGCUGACGAUGACGUUUACCAAGAAAAUGAGGACGACAACCAACUACUUUCUUCUCAACAUGGCCGUGGGAGAUUUAUUCGUGGCGGUGCUUUGUGCACCAUAUCAGCUUGCUAGCUGGAAAUUUCCCUCGAUAAAGACUUUCGAUCGCCGCAUAUGCAAGACAAUGCCCUUUCUUCAGCUAACAACUAUUGGCAUAUCCAUAUUCACCAUGGUGGCUAUAGCCAUAGUUAGAUACCGUGCGGUGUUGAGUCCGCUCCGCCAGCACAUAUCAAAGCGGUCCUCUAUCCUGAUUAUUCUGAUCGUAUGGCUUGCAUCAGUUGCUUGUGCAUCUCCCAUGAUUUUCGUCUACGAGAUCCAGGAACUACCCGGAAGCACAAACAAUUCCAUUGUGAAGAGGUGCGACGAAUUUGGUUGGCCGGAUCCAAACAAAGAUGCUGCCACUUACACCUACGUGCUGUUUGUGGUCCAGUAUGCAUUGCCAGGCUUGUUGACAGGGUAUUUGUACCUGAGAGUACUUCUGGCCCUCUGGUUUCGCAGAUUUCCUGGUAUGCAGAACAUGUCCAAGGCAAGCUGUCUACAAUUUCGGAAAAAGCAUUAUCGACGAAAGAAGACGAUAGUUAUGCUACUGACCAUUUUCCUCACCUUCAUGGCUUGUAACCUGCCCAUGCACGUCAUAUCUUUCAUCUUCUACGUUGAAGGCUCUAACUUCAAAGCACCACCAUACAUGCAUAUUAUAACAACAUGUGCUGAGAUGAUCAUGUAUACCAACAGUGCAGUCAACCCGAUUCUCUAUGGAUUCAUGCACAACAAGUUCAGCUCUUCUGCAAGAGGCUUGUUGCGAUGGGUAUUCUGUAGGGAGAAGCGCCAAAAUUACGAAAAUAUCCCCUUGAAAAAGAAAGAGAAACGACUAACUCUGAUGUCAGGAGCAACAUCAACGUCCACGAAUAAGAAUGAGGAGCAGCAUAAAAUAUGUGAGAUGAAAUUCUAAUACAAAAAACUGCCAAAAAACGUUAAUCGUGACUUGCAGUAAUCAAUUGGCAUCGUGCGGGCAUUUGCCAUUUUAAUGAAUAACUGAAAAUAAAAUAAAGUUCAAAUUUUGUAACACUUUUUAACAAGCUUUUUCAGUUUUUUACUGUUAGCUAAAUUGGUACUAAAAGAUGCGUUAGGAUUGGCCACUUUUUUACUUUCAUCUAAUUAAAAUGUAGCAGGACUAGGAGCCCUAGAAAAUAAAACCGUUUAGACUUUAAAUAGCUAUUUCCUUGCUCUAUUAAAUAACACUGAAAUGUUUGUGUCAUAUCUAAAACUUGGAAAUGAAUUAAAGCAAUUGAUUUUUGGUUGCUUGAUGUCACGGCAUCCAGUACUGAAGUUGUCUAACAAUUCGAAGAAAAACGUUAAAGACAAUCCGUCACCUGUUUUGCUCAGUUCUAGAAGGAGAAAAAUUCAUCUUGAUUGACGCAGAUCAAUGACUAGCAGUAGCAGCCACUAACUAAGGCGUUCAUAUCAGCCUUUCGUUUCAGUAAAGAAAAGUAAAGAAAAAGUAAAGUGAAAUAAAUUAAAGUAAAGUAGAAUUAAAACGUUUUCCUCGUAUUUUGCUGGGUAGUUUAUGGGAUAUCUUUUGAAAUUUAAAUUUAGGGGAUAUCUUUAGAAGGCCUACGCAUCGUUUUAAAACAAAAAUUUUUGUGUAUUGAACAAUUUAGUAGCUAGUGUUGAGUAAAAACAAUAUUGUACAUAGUUUGUAACAAAGUAAGUAGUUGCUAAUUAAAAAUAGAUAUGUAUACUAAUGCA